GGUCUGAGCCGGGCGAGGCUCGCUCCCUGCGCAUCGCCUUGUCCGCCCUCCGCGUGGUCGCGGGCAGGUGGGCCGGGGGCGCAGGGCAGCGGCAGGGCAGGCCUAGGGCAGGAGGUCUGCAGCCAGCGGGGCGAGAAGCUGAUAGGUUGCCCACCUUCCCGGUCUCCGAGCGACCCGAGCUGCCCAGCUGGCCGAGUUCGCGAUGACCUGCUGAGAAGCGUCGUGGGAGGCUGCAGGAGGCGGCCUAGCUGCGGGCGGUGCGGUUCGUGGCCUCCUCGCUUGUGGUGCCCAGCCCCGACCCCCCACCCAUCCCCGCGCCCCCUCCCUGCGGCCGGCCGAGAUGGCGGAUCCAGCCGAAUGCAGCAUCAAAGUGAUGUGCCGGUUCCGGCCCCUCAACGAGGCGGAGAUCCUUCGUGGGGACAAAUUCAUCCCCAAAUUCAAAGGCGACGAGACCGUGGUGAUCGGGCAAGGGAAGCCAUAUGUCUUUGACAGAGUAUUGCCGCCCAACACAACCCAAGAGCAGGUUUACAAUGCGUGCGCGAAGCAAAUUGUCAAAGAUGUCCUUGAAGGUUACAACGGGACCAUUUUUGCGUAUGGACAGACUUCAUCAGGGAAAACCCACACCAUGGAGGGGAAGCUGCAUGACCCUCAACUCAUGGGGAUCAUCCCGAGGAUUGCACAUGAUAUCUUUGACCAUAUUUAUUCCAUGGAUGAGAACCUGGAGUUUCACAUCAAGGUUUCCUAUUUCGAGAUCUACUUGGACAAGAUAAGGGACUUACUUGAUGUGUCCAAGACCAACUUGGCUGUUCAUGAAGAUAAAAACAGAGUUCCGUAUGUAAAGGGGUGCACUGAGCGGUUUGUGUCGAGCCCUGAGGAGGUUAUGGAUGUGAUAGACGAAGGCAAAGCCAACCGGCAUGUGGCAGUGACAAACAUGAAUGAACACAGCUCUAGAAGUCACAGUAUCUUCCUGAUUAAUAUUAAACAAGAGAAUGUAGAGACUGAAAAAAAACUCAGUGGGAAGCUUUAUUUGGUUGAUUUGGCUGGGAGCGAAAAGGUCAGCAAAACUGGUGCAGAGGGAGCUGUACUCGAUGAAGCUAAAAACAUCAAUAAGUCUUUGUCCGCCCUUGGAAAUGUGAUCUCUGCCUUGGCAGAAGGGACAAAAACACACGUGCCAUACCGGGACAGCAAGAUGACUCGGAUCCUCCAGGACUCUCUGGGUGGGAACUGUAGAACUACCAUCGUCAUUUGCUGUUCUCCCUCUGUCUUCAAUGAGGCUGAGACCAAGUCCACGCUGAUGUUUGGACAGAGAGCUAAGACCAUAAAGAACACAGUCUCUGUGAACCUGGAGUUGACAGCAGAGGAAUGGAAGAAGAAAUAUGAAAAAGAGAAAGAGAAAAACAAGACUUUGAAGAAUGUCAUUCAGCAUCUGGAGAUGGAGCUGAACAGGUGGAGGAAUGGAGAAGCUGUGCCUGAGGAUGAGCAGAUCAGUGCCAAGGACCAGAAGAACUUGGAGCCCUGUGAUAACACGCCCAUCAUAGACAACAUCGCUCCUGUUGUUGCUGGCAUCUCUACAGAGGAGAAGGAGAAGUAUGAAGAGGAGAUCUCCAGUCUCUACAGACAACUGGAUGAUAAGGAUGAUGAAAUUAACCAGCAGAGCCAGCUGGCUGAAAAGCUAAAGCAACAGAUGUUGGAUCAGGAUGAGCUUUUAGCUUCCACGAGAAGAGACUAUGAGAAGAUACAGGAGGAGCUGACCCGACUCCAGAUCGAGAACGAGGCAGCCAAAGAUGAGGUGAAAGAGGUUCUCCAGGCUCUGGAGGAGCUGGCUGUCAAUUAUGACCAGAAGUCGCAGGAAGUGGAGGACAAGACCAGGGCCAAUGAGCAGCUGACAGAUGAACUGGCCCAGAAAACGACUACAUUGACAACCACGCAGAGAGAGCUGAGCCAGCUACAAGAGCUUAGCAACCACCAGAAAAAGAGGGCUACUGAGAUCCUGAAUCUGCUGCUGAAGGAUCUGGGGGAGAUAGGUGGAAUUAUUGGCACCAAUGACGUGAAGACUCUGGCAGAUGUGAAUGGAGUCAUUGAAGAGGAGUUCACCAUGGCCCGCCUGUAUAUCAGCAAGAUGAAGUCAGAGGUCAAGUCCCUGGUGAACCGCAGCAAACAGCUUGAGAGUGCCCAGAUGGAUUCCAAUAGGAAGAUGAGCGCCAGUGAGCGGGAGCUGGCAGCCUGCCAGCUGCUUAUCUCCCAGCACGAAGCCAAGAUCAAAUCUCUGACAGACUACAUGCAGAACAUGGAACAGAAGAGGAGGCAGCUGGAGGAGUCCCAGGACUCGCUCAGCGAAGAGCUGGCCAAGCUCCGAGCCCAAGAAAAAAUGCACGAAGUCAGUUUCCAGGAUAAGGAAAAGGAACACCUGACGCGGCUGCAGGACGCUGAGGAGAUGAAGAAGGCGCUGGAGCAGCAGAUGGAGAGCCACCGGGAAGCUCACCAGAAGCAGCUGUCCAGACUUCGAGAUGAAAUUGAGGAGAAGCAGAAGAUCAUUGACGAGAUUCGGGAUUUGAAUCAGAAACUGCAGCUGGAACAGGAGAAGCUCAGUUCUGAUUAUAACAAGCUGAAAAUAGAGGACCAGGAGAGAGAAAUGAAACUGGAAAAGCUCCUGUUGCUCAAUGAUAAACGGGAACAAGCCAGAGAGGACCUCAAGGGCCUGGAGGAGACUGUGUCUAGAGAACUGCAGACUCUUCAUAACCUCCGUAAGCUCUUCGUCCAGGAUCUGACCACCCGAGUGAAAAAAAGUGUAGAGCUGGACAGUGACGAUGGAGGGGGCAGUGCUGCUCAGAAGCAGAAAAUUUCCUUCUUGGAGAAUAACCUGGAGCAGCUCACCAAGGUGCACAAGCAGCUGGUCCGGGACAACGCGGACCUGCGCUGUGAGCUGCCCAAGCUGGAGAAGCGGCUGCGCGCCACCGCGGAGCGUGUCAAGGCCCUGGAGAGCGCGCUGAAAGAGGCCAAGGAGAACGCCAUGCGGGACCGCAAGCGCUACCAGCAGGAGGUGGAUCGCAUCAAGGAGGCAGUGAGAGCCAAGAACAUGGCCAGGAGAGCGCACUCGGCGCAGAUUGCUAAGCCCAUCCGCCCUGGACACUACCCAGCAUCAUCUCCAACAGCCGUCCAUGCUAUCCGAGGGGGAGGAGGCAGCUCUUCAAACUCCACUCACUACCAGAAAUAAAUAAAAUAUGAUUCCACGUAGCAUGUCAAGGACUACUACUACACCAACUCCUUUAUUUUUUCCCCUUCCUACACAAUUUCCAUUUUCUUUUACACUUGCUUACCCCAGCCAUCUGCAGUAUGCCAGUUUCAGGUAUUUUGAGCUGUGUAGAAUUUCUGUGUGUACAGACGUGUGCUUGGAUUUUUCUCUUUGUGAGAAAUCGGAAGCUGAUUCCAGAAGAUCCACUUACUACUCAAAACUACUUCCACUGCCUGAGCCUCUGGGGCGUUGGGUGGUCUCUGGGCAUCCUGGAGCCGCCUCUGGCAGUACACUGUCCCCCCGGAACACCCUGAUGUGCCAUUCCCUGGAGGGGAACAACCAAGUGCCGCGGAGGCAGGCGAUCACACUCUGCCUCAACUGUCUGGUUUCCUGUAAAAUAAACACAUGACUUUAUAUUUUUAGGGAACAAAAAAAAAAUGCUGCUAUAGGGUUCAAAAUUUUCAUUCAGAACACUUUUCCGAAAACAAAUUACCCCUAAGGAGCAUUUUGAAUAUCCUGGUCACAUCUCUGGAUCUGUAAAAUACACCUUUUAGUAUGGCACCUGUUAAAAUGCAAAGCAUAUUUCUUCAAGGCAGAAAAACAAUCUGACAAUAGCAAUGUAGAAUUUGUUCAUUCAAACCCAUCUAUGUAAAUGCAAGAAGUCAUAAAUUCACCUCCGAGCUGCUUGCUAUUGAACCUGCAGUGACUAGUCUCUGCUGGCCCAGUUGGUUUGAACUUCAUUCCUUCACAAGUGUUGAAAAUGCUGCAAAGUUGGAUGAGUGGAGAUGGGGCCACCCCCCCUCUUGCUUCCUCCCUGAUCCUUCUGGGGAGCUUGCAUCUGGGAUGGCCUGUUUCCCUAGGGAGCCAUCUUAAGCUUGAGGAGGCCUUGCAAAGAAAUCCAGCGUCAUUCCAGCAGCUGAAAAAGAAAGCCCUGGGGACGAGGGGAGAGUAAAUGACAAAAUUUGUGCCUGUCUAUGAACAAGUUGCCAUGAAAAAGUUGUUAUUUUAACCCAUGAUUGCAGACUCUUUAUUUCAAUUCUCUCUUAAAGAUAAGCUUUAUCUUCCUUUAGGCACAAUUAGAAGAAAUAAGUAUAAAUGGAUUUUUUUUACAUUUAGCUUUUAGUUUAUUCAAAUACACGAAUCUAGAACUGACUUCCUUACUUCCAGUUGGGCAUAUUAAAAGGAUGCAUUUCCAAGUAGUCAAAUUUUCAGGGGAACUGAUAAGGAUUCAAGUAUGUUGAUCUUGUGUGCUGCUGCUUGUUACGACAAAUUUAGGGGAGAGCUGGUGACGACCCAACCAAUCUCUGAAAGCAUCCUACCAUAUACAUGCCCAAGAUGUGUGGGCUGGCACUGUCCCCUGCAGCUGUCACCAUUGGAAUGAAGUAUAUGCCAGGGGAGACUUUGGGCUUUCUCAUGGUCUUGUGGGUUAAAGAUUGAGUGUGUGUGUGUGUGUGUGUGUGUGUGUGUGUGUGUUGGGGGGGUGCUAAGGACCAUGUGUUGACUUCCAACUCAUCAUGUAUAAAAUUUCCCUAGCAAAGCAAUGCUGCUUAAGUUAUUUGUUAAAUGUUGUGUUUGUCUUUGUGUGUUUUGUUUUGUGUUUGAAGGGAGUGAGGAAGAUGAAUUCUACUGAAGUAUUUGUUUCAUAAAGAUGACAAUUUUGCAUUCGUUCAUUUAUUUGUUUGGUUUCAUUGUCAAUGUCUUCCCAGCUAAUGCUUGAUCAAUUUUCUCUGUCUGAUAGGAGGGUCCUUUUAGGGCAAGUUUUACACACAUUGUCAGGUAAUAACAUAUGGCACAGAUUAUAACCUUGCUGUUGAUAUGUUUGCCUCUGACUCUGGAAGCUAAAACAUUGGUCUUUCAGAGGAUUGACAAUUAAACAAUUGUCAUACAUGUUACUUAACAUUGUCAUUAAGCAACUAUACUUCUUUGUGUUUGGAAAUUGAGCAAGGGUCAGAAGCGUUCUCUCUCUCUCUCUCUCUCUCUCUCUCUCUCUCUCUCUCUCUGCCUUUGUUAAUAUCUGUCAUAAAAUACAUUAUUUUAGAUUCUUUCCAAAGUAAUUUUUACCAGGGUGCCCCUUUUGUACUUCUGAAGAAUUGCUUGGCCCUUUCAUGUUUCAAAAAGAAACAUUUGCUUGUACUUCCACCUUACUUGAUCUCUAUGAGGGUCUUGCAAAAUUUGCUUUACUUUUAUUCACAGGGGAAGUUGGCUUUCAUGUCUUUUAAAGAUAAUUCUGCUAGUUGCUGAUCAGCCAGUCAGUUCAUCUAGCUCCAAUCUUUACAGGACUACUAAGCCAGCUUUCCUCCACAGUCCCAAAAGGCGGGCAGAUCAUUGGAAAGGAUUACAGAGUUUAUUUAAAUGGACCCUAGAUAUUACUUUGUGUAAUAUGCCAGUUAUUAUAUCAAGACCAUAUACUCUUAGGCCACUUCUUUAAAAAAUGCCACAUUUAUGCAAUUUUCUUACUUUUAGACUUUUGCUCCUUAUACUCCAAAUGUCUGAACAGCCAAGUUUAGGAUUGUGUUUUGGUUAUAUGUGCUUUUUGCUUGUGUGUGUGUGUGUGUGUGUGUAUGUGUGUGUUUCUCUGUUGAAUAAUUUUAUGUUUCAUGCUACUUCUUGAAAGUUUGCUCUUUCAUGCUAUAAGAGAAUAGCCAGAUAGUUUCUAAAAGUAAUUUCUACCUGCAGGAUGGUGGAUUGCUAAAUUAGAGGAAUGGUGUUUGAGAUAGCAAGAUGAAUGGUUGGGAACCAAAAUAUAUUAAUGCCAAAUGUGCUUUGGUUAAUUACUAGAGAAUUCUAUAUACAUGUAUCAUAUCUUCAAAUUCUAUUUAGUUUGCUUUGGUUGAAUGGCAGGUAGUAGGCAGGACAAUAAGAGUUUUAAGACUCUUAAAGGAAAUAGAAUCAUGUGGUUAAGAAAAUCAGAAUUUAGAGAAGUAUUGGGAUAAAUGAAGAAACGUUUUUCUGGAAUGUAGCAUCUAGUGACUUGCUGAAGCCCUCAAGUGCAUAUAAGGGAGUGAUGUUCAUGUUGAAACAAAACCAAGACAUCACUGGGACUCGGGGAACUUUUCAGCUCCACUUUCCUGUAGGAAUAACUAAAAGCUAAUAAAAGCUCCUAACAAUCCCCUCUUUUGUGUAUAUGUUGUAGCAGGGCAGGAGCCAUUUGGACUCUAGAUACAAGACUCACUGGGGAAGUUUUUAAUUGGUAGAGGUCAGGGGACGAUUUCACUUCAUUGUCCCACUCUUGAGUUUCUUAAGCAAGUGAAAGAAACCAUCAUAGUCCAAAAUUGCUUCAUUUAACACUUAACAAUUUAGACUUUUUAAAAAAAGUAUUGAACGAGGGCCAGGUAACUGCUGAAGGAGGCAACAGUCCAUGAAAUGUGCUUACUUAAAAAUUGUGUAUCAAUUUUAAAUACUUUUCAUUGUGUGCAAACACAAGGGGAAUAGGGCAUUCUGUAGAAUUACAUAUGUCUAGUUUGUAAAGUGUGUCACGUGUACUGCAGAUGUGUGUUUUUUGGACUUUAUGUAUCUGUACAGUAGUUUUCAUUAAAAAAAAGUUGUGGACAAACUUGUUUUGGUGGUUUGAGGGGGAGAUGGCAGUUUGUAUCAAUGAGUGACACCAUACAACAUAUGUCACAAAAGAUUCAGAAGUAUCCCUCCCCUGGCCCGUGGAAAAUUUUGGUUAUCUCCUAGGUUCUAAAAUGAAGAUGUAUGGAUAUUCUGGCAGACUGCAUGUUGUAUAAUUUGAAAAAUACUAAAAGUGGACAAUAAAACUGAAUUAAACUUUG